CGGCCUUCCACCAGUUUACCUUUUUAGGUACCAAUCUAUGGCAAGAUAAUAUUGGUCCCGCAGCCGGCCGCUGCUGCUCGCAGUUACCCCAAACACCGUAAGAGGCAACAAGUAAGCCCAAGAUCCGGGAAAACUCUCAGUGAAUUGACACUGCCUUGAGAGUGAAGCACAAUUUCGAAACUGAGUUAGAUAAACAGGUACCUUUGGGCAUAAAGCGGUUCGACGAAGAUAACCAUAAUUACUCAGGUUUCCUGUAGCAGCACGGCCGCAUUUGAGCUGCGCUUCUGGUCGCUGAACUUACUUAUCGCAUGUCGGCAUCACUUGGGGUUUCUACGGCAUAUCUAGAUGCAGUGUUUCAAAGGUCAGGUCGCGAGGGUCAAGAUCGUCAUGACCCUUGACGGCUUGACUGUCAAGGUCAAGGGUCAGACGUUGGGUCAAGGGUUUCCGAGGCCACGUGGAAAGUCCUUCGACGGAAGGACGCCUGCCCCGUUUGUCUACGUGAUCCACUGUGGAUCAUACAAUGUCUUGAGCGAAUUUUGUUCACCCAAUCUCUUACACUACGGAACUACUUUAAUCAAUGAUACACAAAUUGUUUUGAUUCAUUUUAGGGAAUAAAAUAGGAUGCAGGGGUUGAUUCCUCAUUCCAAGCCCUCUCUUCUCCCAUGCACGCUGUCUGGCAGUACUACCGCACGCUCAAGGAUGCGGAAGGGCAUCUUGUCAAGUACAAGAAUGACAGGACCCAUAAUGCCACCUGGUGCCUUGCAUGCUUCAACCGAAAAGUCGAAAGCAUUGAGAUGUCAGAGAGGAAUAGGUACCUUCUUGAUCCCUUGACAGUGGUACGUGAUCGCAAGGCUAUCGAGAGUGACGUGUACAGUUCCGUAAAUCCUGUCGCGGGAAAGAUUGAUGAUCUUCUCCAUCACCUGUCAGAGUGUGAGAAGGCGAAUCCAACGAUACAGGCAUGGGCACAUCGCGAGUUGAACUUGCGUAAAGGAAAGGAGAACUGGGCUCCCACUGCCCCCUACUCCAUUCUCGAUACUAUCAGCGGUACUCCCAUUGUCCUCGGUAACACACCUAAGCGACCGCGGCUCUCAGGUUCAUUUGACGACCUGGAUGUCUCAACAGUUCACAAUGGUCAACCCUUCCCACCUAAUCUUCAAAAGGAAUUCAACGCCGAUGUCUGCGAGGUGUUCAUUGCAAAUGGCUGGGCCUGGAACGGUGCAGCUAAUCCGGUCUGGAUGAAUUUCAUCCAGAAGUGGAUUCCCAGUGCAGAGAGACCCUCUCCAUACACGUUGUCAGGUCCAGUGUUGAAUGGGAAGGUUGCGGAGAUUGAGGAAUGAGUAAAGGUGUCAGUCUCAGGAAGGGUCGGUACUGGUCAGUGUGAUGGGUGGAAGAACCGAUCGAGAAUGAAUGUAGUCUCAACUUUGGUAACAGUCCAGGGUCAGGUAAAUACUAUUUUCA